AUGGUUGUUUAUGUUCGAAAAUUUGUAUCUGUUCUCAACCAAACAACAUUUAGUUUGCAUUUUAAGAAAGGCAUUGUGAUGGCAUUUUUCUUGCUUUUCGCAGGGAGGCCAACACCUGGAAAGGAGCUUACUAAUGAAUUCAAUGUUCUGGAGGCUGGUCUCUGGAACUCAGUUUCUCUAACCAAAGGAUGUUAUAAGGGACAAGAGACCAUUUCUAGGCUCAUAACAUAUGAUGGAGUUAAGCAGAGAUUAUGGGGAAUUCGCCUCUCAGCGCCAGUAGAGCCUGGGAGCGCAAUAAUGGUUGAUGGGAAAAAGGUGGGGGAACAGUCUCACGACCCCAUGUUACUAACGGGGUGAGAUAGUUCAAUAGAACAAGAUUUCAAAUUUGCCUGGAGUGGUGGUGCUUAUUAAGAAUGAUAACGGAUGGUUAUUCUUGAAUAAUGCCAACACUUGGAUGAAAGAGAUUUUAACAUAUACAUGGCAAAUACAAGUCAUUAUAUAAUUGGACCAUUUAACAUCGUCACUAAAGUGAGAUGAUGAGAUUGUUCGCGGCGUUGUUUUUAUAGCAGACCCGCUUGCGGUAGCAAUCAGGCUGUCCGCAUAAACUUGCUCCCUCGCGUGCUGUAGCGUGCGAACAGGUUUGGGGACGCCAUCCACGUGUUGUUGCAUGUGACAAGGUUGAUCGGAGUUGGAUGCACGGGUUUUUCCACUCAUGCAGCAAAAGGGUUUUGCUCAAUUUACGAGCAACCAAUUUGACUGCAUGUUGGUGCGUGUGGUCAGACUGUGUGCUCGUAAAUUGUGGAUUUUUGAGAAUAUAGUGAGUCAAUUGACUUGCUAUUUGUGCCAUAAGCAAGGACACAUCUUAAAGU